CUCAGGACCAUACAACUCCAACCAUACUUGUGGUCCUUUAUACUUAACAACGUGGAAUUAAACUCCUUGAUUACCUAUGAUGACACAGUAAUGGAACAAUUUCAACAUUCAUCAGCAUGGCGCCAAUUUCAACCAACCGACUUUCGUAAUAUACCUACAGUAUCAGUUCCUCCAGCUAUUGCGAACAUUCCUGCAAAAGCUUUGCGUUCCUUUUGAUCCUUACCAAUGCUCCUACAAGCUCGCUCUUUAUGGUAUCGUAUUCUCAGCAGGAAGAUACCUCAUUCCGAUUACCUAUAUCAGAUUCAAACCAUCUCAACGAACUUAUGUCGUUUAUGUCAGUCAGUGCCCGACUCUUUGGAUCACUUCCUUUUCCUGUGCCCUAUUCGCCACAAAAUAUGGAUGAAUUGGAAAAAAAAAAAGACUAACCGCAGUAACCGGCCUG